AUGUACGGUCUUAUCGCCUUCUUUGGUGUUGUGGCUGUCUUCGGUCUAUCGAAAGCUCGACCUGAUCCCUGCACUUUGCCGAUUGAGCCGGGAUUCUGCUUGGCCUACUUACCUUCAUGGGGCUACGAUCAGUCAACUGGGCGGUGUGUUGAAUUCGUCUACGGUGGCUGUCAAGGCAAUGCGAACAGAUUUGGAAGCAAAGAGGAGUGUGAAGAGGUCUGCGCUCCAGACGCCACAAACCCUUGCGAUUUGCCCAUUAAAACGGGGAGGUGUCGAGCCUUUAUGCCUUCGUGGGGCUACGACAGGGAGUUGGGCAGGUGUAGACGCUUUAUCUACGGUGGAUGCGGCGGCAACCGGAACCGCUUCCCUACUAGGCAUGAAUGCGAGAUGUUGUGUGGCAUGUAA